CAUAUAAUAACAUUUGACGGUUCAAUGACGGAUAAAAAGUGUUUAAUCAAAUAUGGCUAGUAAACGCAAUAUUACCUUCAGUAAGCCAGCAGAACCAUCGUUUUUGAAAAAAUUUAAAGAAAGGAUAGGGUAUCAAGAGGGGCCAACUGUACAAACAAAAAAACAAUUACUACCUGUUGAUGAUACAAGUGAUGAAGAACGAGAUGAUGAAAAACCUUUGGUGGUUGUCUUAGAAAAAGGUGAUUUAACAUCUGAAGAAGCAGAAAAUUACAAGUAUUCAAAUAAACCCGCUACAGAUGAUGAAGAAGGUCUUUGUGGCGAGAAAAUUCUUUUCAAAAAGCCAACUAAACGAAGCAUAAAAAAUGAUGAAAACCCUACCAAAAGCUGUACUAAAAAGAAGACAAAAGAUAAAGACACUAAUCAACCUAAGAAGGUCAAAAAUAGCUGUCUGCUUUCGUUUGAUGAGGAUGAAGAAGAAGGAUGAUUGUCUAGUUUGUUUUAAGGAAGACAAGAAUGUUUUUAGAUGCAAAUGUAAAUUAAAGUUAAAUCCAAUUUUUCA